AUGAGACUCAGGCUAGAAAAAAAGGUACAACAUCAGGCCGAGCUGGGAGAAUGGUGGCAGGUCUCAUUCCAUGAAAAAAUUGAGAUAUGGCUCGGUGAUCUCAGCAAGCCUGGGCUUGGUCUACAGGAAGACCACAGGCAUCGGCUUUUUGGAAAUAGAGAUAUCGACGGGGUUGAUGGUAUCAUUCACAACGGAGCCCGAGUAAACUGGCUGGAUGACUAUGAGGAUCUCGAGGCAGUGAAUGUUCAUUCCACAGCCGAUAUUCUCUCGGGGCUGUCCGGUAUGCGCAUUCCUUGCCAGCUCAUAUACGUUUCUGGUGGUUACCUUUCACCAAGCCAAGAAACCCAUGCGAGUAUCGCCAAAAGGCUUGCCCCUGCGUCCGGGUAUGAUCAGACCAAGUUCAUGUCAGAGCUUCUCGUCAACGAGUACAACCAACAUUUACAUCGACAAGGAUCAUCUGCGCCGAGAGCUCGGACAGUCAUCCCUGGUUUUAUCGUAGGGACACGCGAGGAAGGCAUCGCACAUACGGAAGAUUUCCUCUGGAGAUUUGUGUACAGCAUCGUUCGACUUCGAGCUAUAAUUGAAGAACUUGGUCAUCUCACGGUCGCUGGGGUUGACCAGGUGUCAGAGCUGGUUUCAAAUGUCCUCUUCUACCCGAACGACUACGAAUCUGAUCCGUUAACUUGCCUCGAUGGCAUAAGUGCCUCGGCACUCUGUGACAUUGUGAGCGAAAAAUUAAAUAUUCCAAUCACACGUAUUCGUCAUGACCAAUGGAUGCAAAUACUACGGCGUAAUAUUGAAAACGCAGAAGUUGACCAUCCAUUCUCACCAGUGAUGCAGUGGUUUGACGAGAAUAUGUGGACCGAGAACUCUCUCUUUUUGACGAGUGAGAUUAGUGCAGCGAUUGAGAAGAGUUUGGAGUAUAUGACCCUGGUAGGAUACUUAUCGACAGAGAAAGGGGACCCGAACUUGAAGGUGGAUCAGACUGGAGUAUUUAGGCGCUCCUAG